GGACAGCACGCAAGGUUCAAGAAGUACGUGGGGCACAGCGCGCACGUCACCAACGUGAGGUGGCUGCACAACGACUCCGUGCUGCUCACGGUCGGCGGCGCCGACACCGCCCUGAUGAUCUGGAGCCGGGAGUUCGUGGGGACCCAGGACAGCAAGCUGGUGGACAGCGAGGAGUCGGACACGGACGUGGAGGAGGACGGAGGCUACGACAGCGACGUUGCCAGAGAAAAGGCCAUUGACUACACCACCAAGAUCUAUGCCGUGAGCAUCAGGGAAAUGGAAGGCACCAAACCACACCAGCAGCUGAAGGAAGUCUCCGUGGAGGAAAGACCACCUGUUAGCCGAGCAGCUCCCCAGCCUGAGAAACUCCAGAAGAACAAUAUCACCAAAAAAAAGAAACUGGUUGAGGAGCUGGCUCUAGACCACGUGUUUGGCUACAGAGGAUUCGACUGUCGCAAUAACCUGCAUUACCUGAACGACGGCACGGACAUCAUCUUCCACGCGUGUUCAACCUCCCAUGAUAUCUCUCUCCUAGGGAGCCAGAGCUUCUACCUGGAGCACACAGACGACAUCCUCUGCCUCACAGUGAACCAGCACCCCAAGUACAGAAACGUGGUGGCCACCAGCCAGAUAGGCUCAUCCUCCCCAUGCUCAGGCACGACACCUGCGAUCCACGUGUGGGACGCUGUGACCAAACACACCCUCUCCAUGCUGCGGUGCUUCCACUCCAAGGGGGUGAAUUACGUCAACUUCAGCGCAACUGGAAAGCUCCUGGUGUCGGUGGGAGUGGACCCUGAGCACACCAUCACUGUCUGGCGAUGGCAGGAAGGUGCCAAGGUUGCCAGCCGAGGGGGCCACCUGGAGCGCAUAUUUGUGGUGGAAUUUCGCCCCGACUCAGACACGCAGUUCGUAUCCGUCGGGGUCAAACAUAUGAAGUUCUGGACCCUGGCGGGCAGUGCCCUGCUUUACAAGAAAGGGGUCAUUGGGUCCAUGGAGGCUGCCAAGAUGCAGACGAUGCUGUCCGUGGCCUUUGGUGCUAACAACCUCACUUUCACGGGCGCCAUUAAUGGAGACGUCUAUGUCUGGAAGGACCAUUUCCUCAUCCGGCUGGUGGCCAAGGCUCACACGGGCCCCGUGUUCACAAUGUACACGACCCUUCGGGAUGGACUCAUAGUGACUGGUGGAAAAGAGCGGCCGACUAAAGAAGGAGGUGCUGUAAAACUGUGGGACCAGGAGAUGAAGCGCUGCCGGGCUUUCCAGCUGGAGACAGGGCAGCUGGUGGAAUGCGUGCGCUCCGUGUGCCGUGGCAAAGGAAAAAUUUUAGUGGGAACCAAAGAUGGAGAAAUAAUUGAAGUUGGUGAAAAAAACGCUGCUUCCAACAUCCUGAUUGAUGGGCACAUGGAAGGAGAGAUCUGGGGCCUGGCCACACACCCCUCCAAGGACAUCUUCAUCUCUGCCAGCAAUGAUGGCACAGCCCGGAUCUGGGACCUGGCUGACAAGAAGCUGCUAAACAAGGUGAACCUGGGCCACGCGGCCAGGUGUGCAGCCUACAGCCCUGAUGGGGAGAUGGUGGCCAUUGGCAUGAAGAACGGAGAGUUUGUCAUCCUGCUGGUGAACAGCCUGAAAGUUUGGGGGAAAAAACGGGAUCGGAAAUCUGCUAUCCAAGAUAUCAGAAUCAGCCCAGACAACCGAUUCUUAGCCGUUGGUUCUUCUGAACACACAGUUGACUUCUAUGACCUCACUCAGGGCACAAGUCUGAACCGCAUUGGCUACUGCAAAGAUAUCCCAAGCUUUGUCAUUCAGAUGGAUUUUUCUGCGGAUAGCAAAUACAUUCAGGUGUCCACAGGAGCCUAUAAGCGCCAGGUGCAUGAGGUCCCCCUGGGGAAGCAGGUAACUGAAGCCAUGGUCAUUGAGAAGAUCACCUGGGCCUGCUGGACAAGCAUUCUGGGAGACGAAGUUAUUGGAAUCUGGCCUCGAAAUGCAGACAAGGCUGAUGUCAAUUGCGCAUGUGUUACCCACGCUGGUCUGAACAUUGUCACAGGAGAUGAUUUUGGCUUGGUGAAGCUCUUUGAUUUUCCAUGCACAGAAAAAUUUGCCAAACAUAAGCGCUACUUUGGUCACUCAGCUCACGUGACGAAUAUCCGUUUCUCUUAUGAUGACAAGUACGUGGUCAGCACUGGAGGAGACGACUGCAGUGUAUUUGUGUGGCGAUGUCUGUAAAUGCCAGAAACCUCUUACGUUAUUGCUGCUGCUGCUACCACCCAGCAACUACAGAGGCAGUGCCGGGGUGCCUCCUCGCCACUAGCUGCUGGGAAAUGCCUACAAUGCUGCGGGACGCACAAGCUCGAAAUACUGGUAAAGUUAUAUGACUGCUCCCAUAAUCUGGACUCUCCAAAACUGUGAUGCCAAGAAGGAAAGUCAAGUUCUAAAAUGUUAAGACUGCUUGCCUCUGUUCCCGAGACUAAAAACUAUACAUACCAACAACACUGACAAGGAAAUCAUAUCUGAUAAUGUAGCCCACUGACAAAAUUUAAAGCCUCAGUUACCCUAACCAAUAUGUAGCUUUUAAUUUGCAUCAAAACUUUUACAAAAGAUGUUUUGCUAUUAUGUUUCUAUAUACUUCAAGAAUGUUCAUUUUUACAAAUAAGUUGAACAAGACAGCUUAAGUUAGAUGCACUGAAGUACUAGAAAUAUCGACACCCUCUGUUCUCCACAUUUAGCUUUAGAAACCAAAUGAGCCAUGUAUAAACAAGUUGAGAAACUUAAUUUUUUAACAUUUUAUUUGCAGAGUUUUAUAUCCAUUAAGUGCCUUUGAAAGUUUCCAGUUGCGUGGGCUGCUGUCUCACCUCCCACAAAUUAUCUUUCUACUAUGGUGCUAAAACCUUAAAACUGAGGAGGGCUGCAGGACCCUUAGCAGAUGUAAAGUCUGUCAUCCAUGUCCUAUGUUUAUGUCAUGGCUUCAUAAAUGAAACACAUCAGGUACCUGUUUGGGAAACAGUGGUAUAGCAGGAGGGUGAGCAGCAAAAGAACUUAAAUGGGGGGUGAGGGGUAGGAAAACUUGUCAUUACGUUUAGUGCCAAACCUGCAAAAUCCAAAAUAAAAUUCAUAUAAAACAAACCUGUCUUCAAAAUGGAAGGAAAAAAUAAAAGCUCAAGGAGGUCCAGGAGAAUAAACUGAUUUUUCUUGUUAAAUCCUAAAAUGGUAAUAAAUGAGGUGACCUGAGGCUGCACCUUGGUUUACCACCCCGAGUGGUGCUGACUAAUUUUUUUUCAGGUGAAUUAUAUAGGUCUGGAUUAAAAAAACAAAAACAAUCUCUGCAGAAAAAAUUCCUAAACCCAAGGAAUACUUAAUAAACCAAAAUAAUUUAGGUUAAAAUUCCUCAGAGUUGGUUGUAUAACAAAAUGUGACUUGGACGAUAUUAAUCAGAAGCUAUCCCCCCCACCCCCACCCCCCGGUCACACUUUACAUGUAGCCAACCACUGACUACAGGACGGGGCUGACAGUGCUCACUGAAAGGAAGGUUGGUGAGGGACUGGUGGCUCUGAGCACACAGAUACCUAUUAGUCCUUCCUGUCAGUAAACUAAAAUUCUAGAUCUUGAGUUACUGGCUAUUUGCAGUUGUCAGUCUAGAGGAAAGGUGAAAUGAAGCAUUUUCAAUUGAAGAAUAGAUUAACAUUUACCACAAAAGUGCUUCAGCAUUCUAAAUGGAGUAGAUCACUUCUUGAGCUAUUUUUUAUAUGCCAAUUUAUUAAUGCCUUACAUUAAUCCACUGAUAGGUUGUUGGGCCCAUGGUAGAUCCCUAUGCAGUCCUAAUUCUGUUUUCUGUAACCACGUGACUGGUGUUGCUGAGUGAUAACCAUGUCUGCCUAUAUUGUACUACUGACCUUUCACACUGAUCGGACCUUGCAUUGAAAUAACCAUGUGGAAGAACAAUAAAUUUAUCAAUGAUGAUAUAUACAACUAUAUUUAAAGAGCAAUAGUGUCUGUGUGUCAAGAAAACUUCUUAAAUCUUAUUUGUAAACAUUUAUAUGAUAUGAUUUUAUGUAUCUUCAUAAAUCCUGCACUGUAUUCUACUAUAUGCUAAAAUAUUGGUGCAUGAAUUUAUUUUCAGUUAUCCAUGUACAAAAAAUAAAAACAAACAUUUUGGUAUGUGUCAAA